UUCAAACAAGCCUGCCAAGGAUGAGGGAGAUAAGUUGGAUGUUCAUGGCAGUGUAGUUCUGGAAAAGGAUAUAAAAAAAGAGACUCCAUCCGCAGCGGUUGAAAUGGUUGUGCUUGUCUUUGUAUGUGAAAUUAAGGAUCCUAUGUUUUAUGAUGAUGAAUGGUUUGUAACUCAUUAACUGUUAUCAGGAACAUGGUGACGGAAUGGUUAAUGGAACAGUUCAAAGCACCUCAAAGAAGAGUAAAAGGGCGAAAAAGAAACAUAAGAAAGAUACAGUCAAAAGUAUCGUUUCUCAAAGUGCUCCUGUGAAAUCCCGUUCUUCAGCCAUUUCUCAUGGUGAGUUUAGACCUGAUGAAAACAAAUCAGAAAUUAUGUUCAAUGGCACUUCCGUUGAUGAUCAUAAUCCAACAGAAUCUAGCACUCUUGCCACCAUAAAUCAACCCCUUCUGGAAAGAGUUAUAGGAAAUCAAGAUGACGGAAAAGAAAAUCCUGAUGUUACUGAUUCUUCUAAUGUUGAAAAUGAUACGAUCAUUGACGGUCAAAAUGUUGACUUUGUCGGUCGUGAGAAUGUAAAGGAAAUGGAGACACAAUCUUUAGUUUCAGAAGUGACCCAAGUUACUAAAAAGGAAAAGAAUCUUCCGCCGAAUAAAGAACGAGAUUCUAGAACCGUGAGCUCUUCAGGAAACCCGCCAUACGAGUGGCCAAGUGCAGCCCCUCAAUUAUCAUUUGUGAACUCACACCUCCCUGCCACCACCGAUAGAUUGCAUCUAGACGUUGGUCAUAACUGGCAAAACCAUUUCCACCAGUCGGGCUUUGUGCACACGAUGCAUCAGGUUAGGAAUUCACCGAUUGAAAAUGGAUGCAAACCGAUGCCAAUGAGCUUGGAUUGGCCGCCAAUGGUUCACAGUAUUAAUGGAUUGGUUCCGUCAAUGGCUUGUAGCUAUAACACAGGAUAUAUGUCAAGAAGACAACCCUUUAAGCAAAGUUUUAGUGCUGGUGAAUUUGUGGACUCUUCUCACAUAGCCAAUUCGUCGGAAAUGGUGGAGGAACACGAUGGUCACUGGUUAGGUGAAGAAGAUUUUGCGGUUUCCGGGAUGGAUUAUAGUCAGUACUUUGGCGGUGGUGUGAUGUAUUGGGAUUCAUCUGAUCACCCGGUGGCUAGUUUUUCCAGGCCACCUUCUCUUAGUUCAGAUGAUAGUUCGUGGGCUUGGCGGGAAGCAGAUAUGAACCGGACCGUUGACGAUAUGGUUGCGUUUUCAUCGUCGUAUAGUACUAACGGUUUGACUUCACCGUCUGCUUCGUCCUUCUGCUCGCCUUUUGAACCUCUUGGCUAUGUUAUACCUGGUGAGGUAACUGGAAAAGUGCUGCAUUCUUCAUCAACGAUGACGGAUUUAUCUGAGGAGAAUGUUUCUGGUUCUUUGGCCACUUUUCCUGGAGAUAUUGAGGCAAAAACUGGAGAUUUAUUCCCGUAUCCUAUUUUACGACCUAUUAUCAUUCCAAACAUAUCGCGGGAUAGAUCACGGGAGUUUAAGCGGAAUCACGAGCAUAAAAGUCCGUGUGUGCCUCCUAGCAGGCGAGAAGAACCUCCGAUUAAGAGACCACCUUCGCCGGUUGUACUUUGUGUUCCACGGCCCUCCCCUGUGGGGGAUGCCCGGAAACACCGAGGCUUUCCGACCGUUCGAUCUGGUAGCUCGAGCCCACGUCAUUGGGGGGUGAAAGGUUGGUUUCAUGACGGAAUUAGUUUUGAGGAAUGUUGUGUUAGAGUCGAUGGAAGUGAAGUCGUUUGGCCUUCGUGGAGAAAGAAAAGUCUUUCGGCUCGGCAAUUGACUCAGACUUUACCGGGGGCCAUUUUGCAGGAUCGACUCAUUGCGAUCUCGCAGCUAACUCGCGAUCAAGAACAUCCUGAUUUGGCGAUUCCGCUUCAAUCGCCGGAAUUACUCGAUUGUUCUGUGCGAAAGGCGUCUCUUCCUGUGAUGCACAGCCUCCUGAACGAUGAAAUGGACGCAUUCUGCAAGCGGGUCGCUGGAGUAAACAUGACUAGAAAGCCGUAUAUCAACUGGGCGGUCAAACGCGUUACACGUUCGCUUCAAGUCUUAUGGCCACGUUCUCGAACCAACAUCUUCGGUUCUAACGCAACCGGUUUAUCCCUUCCAACAAGUGAUGUCGAUCUUGUCGUUUGCCUUCCUCCGGUUAGAAACUUAGAACCGAUAAAAGAAGCCGGAAUCUUGGAGGGUCGGAAUGGAAUCAAAGAAACAUGUCUUCAACAUGCUGCUAGAUAUCUCGUUAAUCAAGAAUGGGUAAAAAACGAUUCCUUAAAAAUCGUUGAGAAUACUGCUAUACCCAUCAUCAUGCUCGUGGUUGAAGUUCCUUCCGAUCUCAUUGUUUCUUCCGUUUCAAAUGUACCGUUGCUGAGACGCCCUCCUUUGACUUCUGUUGACCAAGAAAUUUCCACUUCGAAGAUGAGUACCGAUGGUGGGAAAGACACAGAUGUGCAGUCAAUUCGGAUUGACAUUAGCUUUAAAGCACCAUCACACACCGGAUUACAAACUACCGAACUGGUCAAAGAGCUCACGGAACAAUUUCCGGCAGCAACCCCUCUUGCCUUGGUGCUAAAACAGUUUCUGGCCGAUCGGAGCCUGGAUCAAUCUUAUUCCGGUGGCCUGAGUUCUUAUUGUCUGAUUCUGUUGAUCACCCGCUUUCUUCAACAUGAGCACCAUUAUGGCCGGCCGAUUAACCAGAAUUUCGGGGGUCUUCUUAUGGAUUUCUUUUACUUUUUCGGGAACGUGUUUGAUCCACGCCAGAUGCGUAUUUCCGUUCAGGGAAGUGGGGUUUAUAUAAAUCGGGAACGAGGGUACAGUAUAGAUCCAAUUUAUAUCGAUGAUCCUUUGUUUCCUGCAAAUAAUGUGGGCAGGAAUUGCUUUAGGAUCCAUCAAUGCAUAAAGGCAUUUGCAGAUGCUUAUUCUACUUUAGAAGAUCAGCUUGCUUCCCUUCCUGAUAACCGUGAUUCCAGCACCGGAUCUUCAUCGUUGAAGCUACUGCCGCUAAUUAUCCCAAGUAUCGCCCCUUCGUAGAUGUUGUCAUUAUACAAAGAACCUUCAUAUACAUAUGUGUAUAUAUAUGGAAGCGUACGGUUGUCAGGGUAAGCUUGCAUGCACCUCGACUAAUUCAAUGGUCCUGAAGAUAACAGCCAGGAAAAUCGCCAGUCGUUAUGUGGCGAUUUAUGGGAAGGAGUCUAAAAGCCCGACUUUGAGCUGACCCUUGUGGACCUUUCCAUUUAUUUCUCGUCUUCAAGGUCGGCGUAAAUAUGCCAAUGUAUUAUAGCGUAAAUAUGGCAAUGUAAGCAGGUAUUAUGGCCUUGGUUCCUUCUGGCGGUGUACAAGAUCGAUAUCCAUUCCUUCGCCAAACAAAACAAACCCGGUACAUCUCAUUCAAAGGCAACGUCUGCUGGUUAAGAUGUACGCAGACCAGUCCUCCAACGAGUAGAGCUGUUGUUUUUGUAAAGCGUAAGCAAAAAGGUGUCCGGUCCAGCUUGUGUGCACCUUGACUAAUCUCAUGGGUCACUGAAGAUAACAGCCAGGUAAAUCUCCAGUGGCAUUGAGGAGCCCUGAGACCUGACAUUUAUUUAUCAGUUGAGUUGGUCUUCAAGGUUUAUAUGGCUUCUCUUUUGCGGGUUCAUGGACUUGCCAUAACGUGCUACACGAAGCUUAUUUUAAGUCGAUAUAGCAUCAUAUAGGACCGAUAUCUAGAGUGUAUGUUGGAAAUUUUUGGAAAACAAUACAAAUAAAAGAGGAUGGAUAUGAUGAUUUAAGGAAUCGAAGGGUGUUUGGAUCUGCGUUUUGACGAUUAUUAUGACUUUAGAAAU